AUGACUGGCCGACUACAUAAGGAAAGCGAGCGAAAGCGCGAGCAGUAUCUUGACCGAGCUGCAGGCACCCUGCAGGAUGGAUAUUCUAAGGAUAAAAUCAAGGACUUCGUACGAUACUGUUGGCAAGGAUGGCGAACAAAAGAUCUUAAGCAUCGAAAGCCUCAAGCUCAGGAGUCCUACGUUCGCACGGCCGUGGAUUUCCCUUUCAGUCACAAUAUGCUCCUUCGUGGAGAAUCGCGCCGGCAACUCCAGUUUCCUGACCUGUUCAAUAUCUCCUUACCCAACGAAGGACCGACCCCCUGUUGGCCAAUGAUCAUGAUUAUGAAUAAUGGAAAGACUAACCAGUUUGGCCGCUUGCAGUAUAUGGGGAUAAUGCGCCAUCAGGAUCCUCUCCUUUGUACGAUGAGCCAGGCGGCUUUUUAUCUCUUUUAUCGCUGGCAGAUAGUAGGGGAGUCGCCACCUCGGUUUCGGAGCCGGCCAGAGUGGUAUAAUUUCCACUUCUUCAAGGGCUCAGAUCGAGAGAAGCCAAUCUCGUACGAAAUCCAGCUGAAAUGGGCCAAUGAGGUCUAUAAGGCAAUCAAUCUCUCUACCGACAAGAAGACACAUGCAGGCCGAGCUCAGGGGUCAAAACAAGCCGAGCUAGAAGGCGUGGAAGAAACCAGAUCCGCCGUGCUGGUCAAUGGAAUCAGGAUGCCUUAA